AUGCCCGUUUGCACCGUUUGUCUAAACAACGAUUAUAUUCUUAAACGACGUUUAAUUCCUUAAUCGGGUUGCACCGUUCCUAAACGUUGAUUAUAAGGUCCUUAAACGUUGUUUAAACUAAACGCAGAAAUUUGCCCGAUUAAGGCGUUGAUUGAAAUAAUACUUCAAAUUUGAUUGACAACUGUGUGUCCUAUUUCAAGUCAUUUUUAUAUUACCGGUGGAAAGAAGGUGAAUCUCACGAAAAAUUACGUAUUUCGGUCCACCAUAUUUCACCUCAACCACACCAAGUUGGUGAAUUAAAAAACGCGCCUUUCGUGUUGAUAUUAAAUUUGAAUUACUAUAUAAUGGAUGAUUUGGAAGAUGAGAUCUUAAUUGAGGAUGAUCUUGAUGCACUUGACAUCAUUGAAUUUGGAUUUCCUAGACGAUUUCUCCGAAGAGUAAAUUAUUUCGAAGAAAUGGAUAAUCUCACUUUUUUUAGAAGAUUUCGUUUAAUGAAAGAAACAGUGUUGUUUUUGUUGCCAUAUCUGGAGAAUGAUUUGGAAUUUAAUAAUGACUUGAAUAAUAGUGUUGCACCAAUAAACCAAUUGCUAGCAACAUUGAGGUUUUAUGCUAGUGUGAUUAGUUUUUUCUCCUCAAUCAAAUCUACAUCCAAUCAAAAUACAUCGUUUUUAGGAGGAGAAGAUGCUGAAGUAUUUCGGAACAGGAAGGGAUACUUCUCUAUAAAUGUUCAAGCAACUUGCGAUGCUGACUUGAAAUUUUUGGAUGUUGUUGCACGAUGGCCUGGUUCAGCAAAUGAUUCCACAGUUUUCAACAAUUCAAGAUUGAAGAGAAGAAUUGAGAAUAAUGAAUUUCGAAAUGGAAUUUUUUUGGGCGAUAGUGGAUAUCCAUUGAGAAAUUACUUCUUAACACCUCUUCUAAAUCCAUGCAGUCCUGAAGAACGUUUAUAUAACGAAGCACACAUUAGAACCCGUAAUACUAUAGAACGCUGCUUUGGUGUGUGGAAAAGAAGAUUCCCAGUUGUGGCAUAUGGUAUGAGGCUGAAGCUGAAUAAUGUAAUGAAUGUAAUAGUGGCUACUGCAGUUCUACACAACAUAGCAUUAUUGCAAAAUGAAGAACUACCUCCGCCACCUGAUGAUGUUCAAGUUUCAGAAUGGAAUAAUUUGAUCAUGAUGGCAAAUGUACCUGAUUUGCCUCUCAAUAAUCAAAAUGACAAUAUCAAUGCUUAUAGGUCGGAACUAAUUAAUAGUUACUUUUUCAAUUUAAUUUAUCAGCAGUAAGCUAAUGACUUUGUUCGAUUAUUUCAUUACGUGUAAAUUAUACUCUGGUUGUUAUUAAAAAAAAAGACGUAUUGAAAUAUCAAUUUUUAUUUUUCUCAACAUAAUUAACUUAAGAAAAUCA